AUGUCUAAUGGAAGAUGGAAUGAUGACAGAGAAACCAAACACAAGCCUUUUUACUGCAUCAGUAUUAAGGCAGUGGAGGUGAGGAUGACGUGGGAGGAUGCUCUGGAGCACUGCAGAGAAAGCCACGCUUACCUCACCAGCCUGCUCUCUGAAAACGAGCGCCUUCUGGCCCAGAGAGAGAUCCAGAAAGCUCACAUCACCAAGUGGGUGUGGAUCGGCCUUCGUUACCUGGAGGACCGCUGGUUUUGGGUGAACAAUAACCCUCUGGUGUACCAGGCCUGGUCCAAAGAAGGAGCUCAGGACCGGCAGUGUCCAAAACAGAGACGCUGUGGAGCUUUAACCAAAGAUGGACUGUGGGAGAACUUGGACUGUCGGGACAAACUCAACUUUAUCUGCCAGUGA